AUGAAAGCCUCAGAAGUGACGUCAAAUGAGAAAACUACAGAACAAAGACAACAAAGGCUAGAAAUGAAUAGAGCAGCAGCAAUGAGGUCAAGGAAUAAAAAGAAAAUGGAAAUGAUGAGGUUCAAAUCUCUUGUCGUCGAAUUGAGCAACGAGAAGGCUCUUUUACUGCAAAAGAUACAACAAUACGAAAUGCUUAUACAAGCAAGUUACACAGAAAAUAGCAUGCUAAAGGUUGAAAUGUCCCAACUUAUUUUCGAAAAUAGUAUGCUGAAACAAACCUUGAAGUAUUAA